AUGGUCACCGUUGUCAGCAGUGCAGACGCGGCCAAGACGUCGUCGUAUCGCUACGUGACCGAAGACGGCGUUGCGCACAUCUUGGCCUACCGCUACAGCGGCAGCGAUGCGUCGCUCUUGUACAAUCACGCGAUCUCUCCACUGGCUCAGUGGCUCGUGAACCACGUGCUGUCCCCGCGACUGGCACCGAACGCGAUUACCAUUGGCGCGCUUUCACUCGUGGUGUUGUCCCACCUGAUCAUGCUCUGGUAUGCGCCCAACAUGGAAGAAGAGGCGCCGCGAUGGGUGUACGCCACAGCAGGUUUGUCGCUGCUGUUGUACCAGAUCUUGGACGUUGCAGACGGCAAACAAGCGCGCAAAACCGGCAACUCGUCUCCGCUCGGCCUCUUGUUCGAUCACGGCUGUGAUGCACUGAAUGUGGUGAUCAGUGCGUGCACGUUUGCGUCUACGAUACGGCUCGGAGCGACGUAUUGGUCGCUGCUGCUUUUUCUUGCACCCGCCAUGGUGUUCUUCAUGGCAACAUGGGAGGAGUACUAUACCGGCACACUGGCGCUUCCGGUGAUCAAUGGACCCAAUGAAGGUUUGCUGAUCAUGUACUCGACCUACGUGGCCACGUCGAUCAUUGGACCGUCGGUGUGGAUGCAGCCGAACCUCGUGAUUCCACAGCUGAAUAAUAAUCACGUCUUCGUCUUGUUCACGAUCACGUGUGCAACCGUGCAGUGCUUUUGCAGCGCGGUCGUCGCAAUCCGGUCGAUGAAGCGCAAGGCGAAAGACGGCGCAGCGGCAUUGAUCGGAAUGACGCCGUUUGUCGCGCUUGUCUUGCUGUCUGCGCUUUGGGUGCUCUGGUCUCCGUCCGACGUGUUAUCAGACCAUCCACGUCUUCUCAUUUGGACGGUGGGGUUCGUAUUUGCAAAGAUGGUGAUGCACAUGAUGCUUUCACACAUGUGCGAAGAGCCGUACUGGUUGCUGCGCAAGACGUUUUUGAUCCAGCUUGUCGUUUCUUUCCUGCUGGUGGCUGGCAUUGUGCCUUGGGGCCACGAGAGCUCGGUGGUGCAGCUCUUUUUCACGAUCUCACUGCUGGCUUACGUGCACAUGAUCUACUUCCUCUCCACGGAGCUUGCCGCCAUCCUUGGUAUCCACAUCUUCAAGGUGAAGCAGGGGUAA